AGGUGUGCUAAGAGCAGCAAAGUGAACCACGAGUCACUUCCUGUCACAACAUUUAGGCUAAACACACUUUACACUUACGUGGUUUGGGGUGUUUGGAUACCAUGGGAAAAUAAUCUAGCGAGCACACACUCACUUUGUGCGUUCUGUCAAACACAAAUGGUCUGUUCUUUAAAUACCACAUCACUCUACUAACAUCUCAUGCUCGUAUUGUGAAAGUACAUUCGGCGAGCUUCUGGUUUUAUUGUCCUAACUUGACACGGGGGGUGCUGUCGCCAGCCUGCAGCAUCACAAAAUAACACACUUCGGAUUGAUUCAUCCCGGGUAUUGGAAUCGCUGUGGAAGAUGGUGGCCAAACAGAGGAUCCGCAUGGCCAACGAGAAACACAGCAAGAACAUCACGCAGAGAGGAAACGUUGCCAAGACGCUGCGACCACAAGAGGAGAAGUAUCCUGUGGGCCCGUGGUUAUUAGCCCUCUUUGUAUUUGUUGUGUGUGGAUCAGCCAUAUUUCAGAUCAUCCAGAGCAUCCGCAUGGGGAUGUGAUUCAGAAGGAGCCUCGAGACUCCCCCUUCCCCCCAUGCCCUCAUUGAGCCUGGGUAAGCUUGCACUUCUACACCCUCACCCGAACUCCAGAGGCCCAGAGACUAAACACCAGAGCUCCGGGUCCACCACUGCCUCCACCAGCUCCACCUAUGGACAUGUCCCUGCCCUCAAUCAGCAUUUUACCGUGUUGCAGUCUGUGGUACUGACAGCUUUUCUAUGGACAAUCUAAAAAAAACAAAAAACAAGCUGGCUGGAGAACAUGUGUCAUUGCUCACCUGUGUGUGAAGGCGUGAGACUGUGUGCGGCCAGUGAUU